AAGCGGGGGUAAGGCCCGGAAGUGCUCAUUCCUGAGGGGCGCGCUAGUGAAGGGAGGGUCAGAGGUCGUGGGGGCAGAAGGCGUUCCUUGCCUCUGUCCCUGUCGCUAUGUAAUGGUGGGACCGGCUUCCUCUGGCAAAUUCUAGAAGGCUCUUGGGCUCCAUUACGACUGUAGCCGCUGGAUUCCUAUUCUCUUGUUCAGGGCUCUGCCGGCUGAGCCGAGCCGCCGCUGCCGCCAUGUUUGGCUGCCUGGUGGCGGGGAGGCUGGUGCAAACAGCUGCACAGCAAGUGGCAGAGGAUAAAUUUGUUUUUGACUUGCCUGAUUAUGAAAGUAUCAACCAUGUUGUGGUUUUUAUGUUGGGAACAAUUCCAUUUCCUGAGGGAAUGGGAGGAUCUGUCUACUUUUCCUAUCCUGAUUCAAAUGGAAUGCCAGUAUGGCAACUCCUAGGAUUUGUCACGAAUGGGAAACCAAGUGCCAUCUUCAAAAUUUCAGGUCUUAAAUCUGGAGAAGGAAGCCAACAUCCUUUUGGAGCCAUGAAUAUUGUUCGAACUCCAUCUGUGGCUCAGAUUGGAAUUUCAGUGGAAUUAUUGGACAGUCUGGCUCAGCAGACACCUGUAGGCAAUGCUGCUGUAUCCUCAGUUGAUUCAUUCACUCAGUUCACACAGAAGAUGUUAGACAACUUCUACAACUUUGCUUCAUCAUUUGCUGUGUCCCAGGCCCAGAUGACACCAAGUCCAUCUGAAAUGUUCAUUCCAGCAAAUGUGGUUCUGAAAUGGUAUGAAAACUUUCAAAGACGACUAGCACAGAAUCCUCUCUUUUGGAAAACUUAAUUUGAAUAAAGUGAUUUUUAAUGGAUUUUGAAAUUUGUCAUUGUUUGAAGAUAAAUGACCCUGUUUAAUAACCUGAAGUCUAAAGAAUCAUGAUGUCUAAGUAUUGAAACUACAUAGUGACUGAAAAUCUUUAUAAAAAAUUACAAACAUUGAAAACUGAAAAUAUGUUUAUUAUUGAUUUUUUUCCCCUUAUACACGUUAGCUACUAUCAGAGGCAAACUUACUGUUCUAGCUACCAUUCAUUUUACUUAAAAAUAAGCCUAUUCACAGUAAUAGUACUAUGCCAA